CUGCUGGUGGGUCGUAGACGUGCAGCUGUGGCUCUGCUGUGAUAUCACAGUUGUCGCUGCUGUGCGGUGAAGGGUUUUUUUUCUGUGUGCAACCAACCGCAAGAAAUGGAUGUGUUUCUAAUGAUCCGACGUCACAAGACGACCAUCUUCACAGAUGCCAAAGAGUCCACCACAGUCUAUGAACUGAAGCGCAUUGUGGAAGGUAUCUUAAAGAGGCCACCUGAAGAUCAGAGGCUUUAUAAGGAUGAUGUGCUGCUUAAUGACAGUCAAACUCUUGGAAAUUGUGGCUUCACAAAUCAAACAGCCCGACCUCAGGCCCCAGCCACGGUGGGAUUAGCUUUCCGUCUGAGCGAUGAUUCAUUUGAGCAGCUGAGGAUCGAGCCCUUCUCCACUCCCCCAGAGCUCCCUGACGUCAUGAAGCCCCAGGACUCGGGCAGCACAGCCAAUGAGCAGGCUGUACAGUGAAGAAGGGGCGGGACGAAAGAGGGACGCACAGGGGUUUUGAGGGAGGACGCACGGGGGGAGGGAGGGGUUGAAUUUUGGGAAGUGAUGCCUCAGUUGGGGUGAGUUUUACCUUGCUGACGACAGCUGGGCAUAAACAAUUACAAACACUGAUUCCCCUUCUUGUAAAUGUGAGGGCGGGUUGUUCAUUUGUCCUGAACUCGAUGAAAGCAUGCUUGACAAAUUGAUAAUUUCACCCUUCAGAGAUACCUGUCGGAGUUGUCACGACACUGUCAGUCAUCCAUGAGAUUGGCUGGCUGAACAUAAAGAAUUGUACCUCGUAUUUAAUUCUAGUCUCUAUUUGGGGUAAGGUUAAAGCUGCCUUACUUGUGUUUUUUUUAUUUUGCUGGCUUAAAUGUGAGAGUUGAUAAGGUGUGACAUUUUUAGGCUUUUAUGUUCGUGUUUAUUAAACUAUUACUAGGAUUUAACAUGUUUUUUGGUCUUUGGCCUACAUAUGUGUUGCGACAAUAGCUGGGAGUUUGUGGAUUUCUAAGUUACAGUCUAUAUUUCAACAAUAUUUGAACCGUAUGGAUCUAAAAUAAAACAGUCACCUUUGUCAGAACAUACGGCACUAAAAGGAGCAUUUUUCUUCACUUUUUGUGGGUUUUUAGCUGCUCACAGAUGUUACUGAGACUGAAUGCACUCAGUCAUGGGAAUCUACGGCACAUGAUGCUGGUGUGGACCUGGUGCUAAAAAUGAAACGACCGUCAGGCUAAGCAGCAGUCAAAAAUUAAACGUAGUUAUUAUUGAUCAUUUGUACAUUACUAAUGAAGUGGGAACUAACUAGCUUUCCUCUCCAGUGUUUGAUUGUAUGUCAUGACAUCUUUGUGAUGUUGAUGAGACUUUAGUGACUUCAAUCAGUGGGCCUAAUCAUUUACAGUUACCAUGAACAGUUUUAAGGUAGUUUGAUGUGUAAAGACGUAUGAAACUGCCCAUUUAGUUCUAGUUCAUGCUGCAGCUUGUUUUAUUCAACACCAUUAUUACCUUAAGAAAACAUUGUUUUCCUAAAAUUAAAGGAACAUUAGAAAAAAAAAAAACAUCUUUGGAAAAUGUAAAUGUAACACUGGUUCUCAUGAAAUCACAAUUGAAAUAAAAAUCCUUCAUUAUCAUUAUUUGGGGCAUGGACGGUCUGACCGGGGGGUGUUGAAUGACAUUGUUGACAUUAAGGCAAAAACAAAAAAGAAAAAGAAAAUCACAAUUGCAAAUCAAGGCUGUUAACGGUGGGACAUGAUCAAAGUUGCACUUGUAACAGAUUUAUCAUUAAAACAACUGUUUUUCA